AUGAGGAAAAAUAUCAUCCUACUGGGUUCCAUUUUGAUGUUGCUGUCCCUCCAAUAUGUGUUGCCUGGAUCGAUUAUCUUUAAAAAAAAGCGCAACAAAAUGGAGGAUGAUGCUUUAAGCUUGGUGCACAGACGGCUAGAAAACCUCUACAAGCUCAGCGCGUGGGACAACAGUGAAGUAUUCGCCAAAGAAAUUGAGUCGAUGAAAGAAUACAUAAACACGCUCAAGGACGGUGGUUGGGAAAACAUUGGUGGAAACUGCAGCGCAAUUUUGGAGAAGAAUUUCAUCGAGGAAGUUGGAAAAUAUGCAGAUAUGUUAGAAGCGGACGAAGAAAUUUUUAUGGAUUGCCAAGAGGAGUUCUUCGAACAGAGGGAAAUUGAAUCUGAGGGAAGCAAGGGUUGUGAAGAUGCCUCAGGAGAUGUUAUAAAUUCUCAAGUGGUCGGUAGGACAGUGAGUGGGGGGGGACAGUGA